AUGGGAUGUGCUGCUGCUGGGUUCGUUGAGCUCAUCGGAUCCAUCGUGAUGGUUGAACCGGUUGCUCUCGAGGACCCUCGACAAGUUCUUUUCUCUUUCCUCUUCCCUCGAAUCCCCGCCUUAUCCUCUCUAACACUCAGUUACUGCUUGUAUCCAUACACUCUUAUACUUGCGAGGCGUUUAUCCCAAGAGUACGAAACAAACACUCCUUGCCAGUGUCCCCAUUACUCACAUCAGCCCUGUUCACGAAAACCCAACUAUACAACACCCUUGUCUGGCAGAGCCGACACCCCAAACUCUCCGGCUACAUUGCCAAAGUCGUCGAGUCCUGUGUUGCUGAAAUUCAAUCGCGUUGCUUACCUUCAGGGUCAUGUCAGUAGAAUAGCCGUGUGCUUGCUCUCAGAGUCUCAACGGGUUCUCGAACGGUUUGUCUUUUCCACAGAGUCUCUCCCAACGAUUUCCUCAGUGUUCCUCGAUCGACCUGCCGUUGCACAAAACGGUCGCAACGUUACAGAAGCAGAGUCUGUCGAAAGCCUGCGGGCUGCCAUCGUUCGCUUUAUUCGCGCUGCUGAAGGCUUAAAACCGUUGCCGUCUGGAACCACCUGGUGCGUGCGCCUAAGCUUUAAAGCUGAUCACGACCGUCCAGGCAAUUAUCAUUCCUGGAUUGCCGCACAGCAGGAAACUGACGAGAAAGAGUGGUUGCUGCAUAGUCGAACGAUUCCUGUUCAGAACAUUAAUAUUGGGCCCGUACUAUUUGAAGCGUGGGUGGAAGCUUAA